AUGGUGCUGCAAAAGUCCCUUCUUGUUCUGUUAGCUGUGACGGCCGUGACGUUAAUCACAGCUCAAGGACAGUCUAACGGCCCUAAUUAUAACUCGCAACCCCCGAGACGAGGACCAAACAAUGAUCAUCGCUUCCCGUCAUUCGGGUUCGGUUUUCCUCCGUUCUUUGGAUCUGGGUUCCAAUUUCCCCCCUUCGACUUCAACAACGGUCGUGACAGUUAUGAACAUUCUGGAAGCGGGGGGCAUAACAACGGCUUCAACAACCAGGAGAUAUCGAAGGAAAUUGUCAGAUGUAACUAUACAACACAGCCUGGCAGAUCCUGCAUCAGUUGUAACCAGACCCUACUUUGUUCACGGCUUAACUUGGGUAUCAUGACUACGUGCAGAGGACAACGACCCCACUGCAACAAUGGCAUAUGCUCCAGUACACCAAUUCAGGCCUGCAAUUCUACGUCUUCCGGA